AUGGCCAUAGUCCUAGUGUACGUUGAUAACCUCAUCUUAACCGGAGAUCUCACUGAAAAAAUCCAACACACGAAGGACAAUCUUUCAAUCCGGUCCCAAAUGAAGGAGCUUGAAGAAUUGAAGCAUUUCCUAAGGCUUGAAGUUGAGAAGACAAAGGAAGAUAUGUUCCUUUGUCAACAAAAGUAUGCAAAGAAUCUAUUAGAGACAUGGAAUGCUGGAAUGCAAGCUACUGUCUACACCAAUGACACCAAACAUCAAGCUUCGUACUGGAGAAUGGAAACAACUGGAAGAUUCACGGAUGUAUCAACAACUGCAAGUUGCUACAUGCAAAUUCCCAAGAAGCCACACUUGGAAGUAGUUCGACGGAUACUUCGAUACCUAAAAGGAACUGUAGAUUACGGUAUUCUAUAUCGUAAAGGUGAAGGAUGCCAAGUAACUAGAUAUUGUGACGCAGAUUACACUGGAGAUUGUGACACAAGACGGUUAACGGCAUGUUACUUCUUCAACUUAGGAUCAGGAGCAGUGUCAUGGUGUAGCAAGAGGCAACCUAUUGUAUCUCUCUCCACAACAGAAACAAAAUAUAAAGCGGCAGCUAUGACAGCAUAA